UGAAAAAUGAAAAUUUGAUCCAAAAAAAAAGAACGAAAAGAAUAAAAAUAUAAAUUACAAAACUUUUCUGCAAGGCAAAAGCAAGAAUAGACUGAUCCACUUGCCAAACAAAGAAAGAUGGCUUGUUCAUGGAUAGAUUACAAGGGCUGGCUGCCUCUUUUUAAAUACUCGAAGACAAUACGAACAAACAACGAUCAACAUUCUCCAAUACCAUAAAACCCAUCUUCAUUAAUUCCCACUAAAUGGAUUCUUCUUUGUUGUGACCACCAUCUCUCCCACUCUCGCCAGGCUGGCUGAUCUCUGUCUAUUGAUUUUAUGUUCUGGGCAGAAAAAAGAUUGGAGCAAACUUAUGUCGUAGCUGCCAACAAGCUGCAUAUGCUGGAUAUAGAUAUUAAAAAUUUGAAGGGUUCGAUCAUUUUAAACAGAGCACCUUAGUUUUCUUGAUAUGUUUUGAAGAAACCAUAGUUUCAGAUUUGAAGUAAUGGAACACCUUCCAGUUGAAGUCAUUGGUAAUAUAUUAUCUCAUUUAGGAGGUGCCCGGGAUGUUGUGAUAGCAUCUGCAACAUGUCGGAAGUGGCGAGAAGCCUGCCGCAGACACCUUCACACACUUUCAUUCAAUUCUAAUGAUUGGCCUGUGUAUCAUGAUCUGACAACUAGUCGACUGGAAAUAUUGAUAACUCAAACUAUAUUUCAAACAACUGGGUUGCAAGGCUUGACUAUUUUGAUGGAUGACGUUGAGGAGUUCUCAGCUUCAACAGUUAUUGCUUGGCUUAUGUACACCAGAGAAACUCUACGGCGGUUGUUCUAUAAUGUUCGGACUACACCUAAUGUUAACAUUCUUGAGAUUUGUGGGAGACAGAAACUGGAAACAUUGGAAUUGUCGCAUAACUCCAUCACAGGGGUUGAACCCAAUUUCCAGAGAUUCCCUUGUUUGAAAUCCCUUUCUCUGAGUUAUGUCAGUAUUUCGGCACUGGAUCUCAGUCUGUUGCUCACUGCAUGUCCGAAGAUUGAGUUGUUGGAACUUAUCAAUCCAGAGAUUGCAAUGUCUGAUGCACAGGUAACCAUCGAACUCAGCAGUCCUACAUUGAAGAGUGUUUAUGUUGAAGCAAUUAGUUUGGACAAAUUUAUUUUGGAGGCAGAUAGUAUUGAAUGUUUGCACUUAAAGGAUUGUGCUCUUGAGCUAUUUGAACUCAUUGGGAAGGGAAAUUUGAAGCAUUUCAAGAUUGAUGAUGUUAGUGUUAUACAUCUUGAUAUUGGUGAGACAGUUGAUAAUCUUGAGAUUGUAGAUGUUAGCAACUUCACAAUUAUCUGGCCAAAGUUCUACCAGCUGAUCUCAAAAUCUUCAAAGUUAAGAAGACUUCGUCUUUGGGACGUGGUCUUUGAUGACGAUGAUGGUAUUGUGGAUUUGGAAACAAUUGCUGUUUAUUUUCCACAGCUUAGCCACCUGUCAUUAAGUUAUGACUUAAGAGAUGGGGUGCUUCAGUAUGGUUUGCAAGGAUCUUCAAACUUGGUGAAUGUGGUUGUUUUGGAGCUUGGAUGGACUGUAAUUAAUGAUCUCUUCUCGCAUUGGGUUGAAGGGCUGCUAAAACGUUGUCCAAAUCUCAGGAAAUUGGUAAUCUAUGGAGUUGUUUCAGAGGCAAAAAGCCAAGAAGAAUGCCAGAUGUUGGCUAAUUUCACCUCAUCCAUAGUUCAGCUCAUGAGGAAAUACACGAAUGUAGAUGUGCAGUUUCAGUAUGAAUAGUUCGUGCUUAUUUGGUCAUUAUUCAAGACUCUUCAAAUGGUAGUUGUAUUAGCAGAUACUCAGGUAAAAUUUACACCUUUUAGAGCCUGAGUAUUCUUUCCAUGCCCUGUAAAUGACCAUUGGUUUCUUUUUUUCCUUAAUGAAAAGUUUUUGUUGCUUCAGCAAAAAAAUUCA